AGGAAAGGAGCAACUUGUGAUUUUGAACUUGACACCCACGGCUAAACUUUUUCGAAGCAUAAGUUACGCUAUAAUUUCCUCGUUAUUAUCGUUUGUCCGUGUUUCAAUGUGACAUUGCUUAUUACUUGUUAAAUCUCUUGGUUUUCAAGAUGGCAUCGAUGAGUGAAGUGCCAACGGAAACACGGAUGGAAUUCGCUGUGGAAAUGACGUGUGAAAAAUGUGUAAAUAAAGUUAAGCAAGUCCUUGAUGGGGUGCAAGGGGUCUCAUCAUACAGUGUAGAUCUUGGAGAGCAAUGUGUCAUUGUGGACACAGUAUUACCAUCUGGACAGGUCCAGGAAAUGCUGGAAAAGACAGAGCUUAAAACCAUUCUUCGCGGCCAUGGGGCUGGCAGAGCUGGAAAGACAGCUCAGCAUUUAGGGGCUGCUGUUGCGAUGAUUGAUUGUGAAAAGGUCCAAGGACUGACCAGAUUUGUGCAGGUUUCAGGAGAUAAUUGUAUUAUAGAUGGCACUAUCGAUGGGUUGACUCCUGGUAACCAUGGUUUCCACAUUCAUGAGUUUGGUGACUUUUCUAAUGGCUGCACAAGCACUGGUGCACAUUUCAACCCAACUAACAAUCAACAUGGUGCUAGAGAAGAUGAAGAAAGGCAUGUUGGUGAUCUUGGAAAUAUAAUUGCAAACCAGAAUGGUCGAGCGACAUUCCGUUUUGAAGACAAAACAGUCAAGGUAUGGGAUAUAAUUGGCCGUGCCAUCGUAGUGCAUGCUGACGAGGAUGACCUGGGGAGGGGAGGGCAUGAGCUAUCCAAGUCAACUGGCAACUCUGGCGCAAGGGUGGGGUGUGGCAUAAUUGCAAGAUCAGCCGGUCUGUUCCAAAAUACUAAAAAGUACUGUGCUUGUGAUGGACGCACACUCUGGGAGGAUAAACCACUAAAAGCUUCCUCUCAGCUUUAGACAGUCACACAAGAUUAGCAGCAUUGAAGUUGGUGGACUCACUCUUUAAGUGAUUUGUGAUCAUCUGACAGUUUCUGCCCCUCAAACAUUAGCCAGAAUGUUCUCCAGACAUACUUCCUGAAACACAAGCAAUAAAUUGCUGUUAUUUUCAACAGUU